AUGUAUCGAAGGGACAUAAGAGACAAACACAUAGAGGAAACAAAUGCUGCACUAAACUAUAUGUGUAAUGAGCUCAAAUUGAAUUUCAUUGACACCAGCCUAGCCUGCCAAGAAGACUGCUAUGGACCCGACAACAUUCACCCCAACCGUAAAGGCGCCACUAUUCUCUCUAACAUUAUCAUCGAAAAAGCCAAACUUCUCUUCACCAACCCACCUCAGCCUAGCAUGGAAACCGAUCCUACCACCCAUCCCAGCCACAAACCAACUAGUGAACACCCAUGCCCUCAACACCAGAACAACGUCCCUCAGCCAACUGAAGAAACCCAGGAAGACUCCACCGACCAACAAAUACCCAUCAACUCCCAAUCAACCACAAUAAAUACCAAAAUCGACACCAAGCCACACUGCGAGGAACUUGCCUCAGAACUGGUUGCCAUACACCUGCCUGAGCAACAACUAACAGUGAUUGGAGCCUAUAGAUCCCCCUCUAAACCCAUCGAAGAACUUACCAAACACCUAGAUCCCUUCCUGGAAAUCGGCAGUGAGGAAGACAAAAAAAUAUACAGUAACUUCAAAAGAGCAUACGACCUAGAUGUAAAAAAGAAGAAGUCUGAACAUACAAUGAGCAUAAUAAACAAUGCCCCCAACAGAAAUAAGACGGUAUGGAACAUCAUAAAUAAAGAAUCAAAUACAGACAACAAAGUAAACAAUAUCACCCUCAACUCUAAUGGACGCCAAAUAACCGACCCAACAUCGAUCUGCAACACCUUCAACAACUAUUUUAUCAACAUCGGCAACCACGCACUACAAAACCCAAACCUCAACAAAGCAUCUGAUCCCACUCAACCGGACAUGACACAGAAACCACAUCUAUCUGCCUUCAAAACAAUCACCCAACAUGAACUCAAUAAGCUUUUCAAAAUCCUUCCUCCAAAAUCUUCGUGCGGACUGGACGAAAUCCCAAACAAAAUCCUAAAGUACUGCAAGAAUGAACUGAUCCCUCCCUUGACAAAUAUUAUCAAUACUUCCAUAAUACAAGCCACAGUUCCACAAGCCAUGAAACAAGCUCUGGUCUACCCCAAAUUCAAGAAAGGAGAUACCACCCUAACCGAAAACUACAGACCAAUUUCAAUAUUACCGGCCCUAUCCAAAUAUCUGGAAAAAAUAAUCAACUCCCAAAUAAUAACUUUCCUGGAAAACAACCACCUAUUAAGCGACAACCAGCACGGCUUCAGAGAAAAGAAAUCCAUAAAUACCGCUUUGGCUCAACUCUGCAACACCAUAACCAAUAUCUGGGAGGAUAAAAAAACAGCAAACGGCAUAUUUCUAGAUCUCCAAAAAGCGUUUGACAGCCUAGACCAUAACCUACUUCUCCAAAAAAUAUCAGCCCUAAACAUCAACAACAAAGCUCUAGACUGGAUAAAAAGCUACCUCCACAACAGACAAGAACUCAUUGAAAUUGAACACCAAAGUGGCAACUUCAUUACCAAGUCCAGAUCAAAACUGCAAACCAUCACUCAAGGCAUACCCCAAGGCUCAGUACUAGGACCCCUACUCUUUCUGAUCUACAUAGACACCUUCCCCACCCUCCUACCAGCAGACAAUACAUGUAUAAUGUUCGCCGACGACACGACCAUCAUAGUCCCGGGCACACCAACACCCAACCUAACAGAAAAAACAAUAGACACAGCAAAAAAAAAUCUGCAAUAG